CAUGUUCACAGUUUUGUCCUCUGCUUUGGUUCCUGCUGGUGCUCCUCAUGAAACAUGACCCCCUCCCUCAUCCCAUCUGCUAGGCAAACUCCCUCCUUAACUUCCUGGUUCAGCUCACACUUUACUACUACUCUGAUUUGUUUCUUCUUGCUGCUAUAACAAAUCACAGCAAACUGAGUGGCUUAAAAGAACAUUUAUUCUUUUAUAGUUCUAGAAGCAGAAGUGCAAAAUCACUUUCACUGGCUUAAAGUCAAGAUGUUGGCAGAGGUAGUUUCUUCCAGAAGCUCUGAGGGGAGAAUUUAUUUCCAUACCUUUUUCAGCUUUUAGUGGCUGCCUUUGCUUGUGGCCUCUUCCUCCAAGGCUCAUAUCUGCAUUCUCCACUUCCGUUUUCACAUCAGUUUCUCCUCUGGCCCUGACUCCUCCUGCUCCCACGUGAGUAAUCCAGGAGCUUCUCCCCAUUUCAAGCUCCUUUGCCUAACCACCUUGGACAAGUCGUCUUUGCAAUGUAAGGUAACCUACUCACAGGUUCAGGAUGGGGAGGAAUUACUCAGCCUCCACACCUGCUGUUGCCACUCUCCUGGGUACUUCAACUUGGCUUUGCCUCUGUGCCCCCACCCUCUCUGUCCAUUCUUCAGCUGUCUCAUAGAUUAUUUGCCUGUAAUUAUAUGUUUACCUGAGCAGUACCCCCAGUGUGAGCCUCUUGAGAGCACCAAUAACAUCUUGCACGCCUAGCGUUCCUACCACAUGGUAGAAGCCCAAGUGUUUGAAGGAGUGGCAAGGCUGCCCCGUGCAGGGUGGCACUGCAGUUCAGAGCACAGGCAUGGGGCUCGAUUGUCUGGCCUUGGGUCCAAGGUGCACCACUCUAGCUCUGUCUCUUCAUGUUCUCUUCUGUAAAAUGGUGAUGAAGAAUCAAAGCCCACAUAGAGGCUUGUAGUAAGGAUUAAAUGGGGUCACAUGUGUGAAAGUGUGAGAAGAGUACCUAACACUAAUGAACACUUAGUCAAAGCAGCUAGUUUUGUCAUUGUCAUUGUUGAUUUUCAUUGUUUAUAGUAUAAAAGUGUAUACAUUUUUGUAAGUUAUUCUCCAUAGACUUAGGAAAGGAGAGGCUGUUUGUUAUUUAGUUAUCUUUAUAUUUAAAGAAACAUUUUUCUUAAAUAUUUUCCAAAAUGUUUUUAGACUAUAGGACAAAUAAUGUAGAAAGUAAUAAAGGAUUUGCUUGGGAUGACCAUGAACCUGUGGAACGACCAUGAACCUGUGGAACGACCAUGAACCUGUGGAACAGGUCUAUUGUGCACCCCUCUGGUUUAAGUAGUUAGUGAAUGCUUAGAAGAAAGAACCAUGCACAGUGAUACGUUAACCCUUAGAUCUCUUUGGCCUAAGAGGUGGUAGAGUUUAAAGGAAGGGUUAAAGAUAUGUGUGACUGGGAUGCACGUAAGUCACUAAAUUUAUGGAUUCUCAUGAGACUUCUGGCUUUUUGCUGCUACUCUAACAUAAGAUACAUGUAGCCUUAUGCUCCACUAACCCUCAGUGAGCAAGUGUCAAGUUCCUUGCACCAUUCUAAACCUUCCUGAAGGCCCGUUGGUAUCUCUGUUACAGGAACUACCAGAUGUUACCUUUGGUCUUUUUAUGUCUUGAUCUUGGUAUUCAGCUGUAUUUCUAUCAGUAUAUGUAACCUAGAGAUCCAAGUGUUGUUUGCAUGAGAUUUAGAGUGUUUAGCAGUUACGGUCCUUUGUUAAUUUUAAAAUGAGCUGAAUUGUUCAUCCUGAAAAGGCACUAUAUACCAUUAUGGAGAUGACAGCAUUCCAUGUGCUGUGCAGUGGAAAGAAUGUGCGGUAACGAGAGGUACUUGAAUACAGUGUCAGAGCACAUCUAUAUUCCAAGAGAGCCAAACAAGUCUAUUGCAGUUAAAGAAAAGAAAUUUUUAAAACACCUAGUAGCAAGUAUUUUCAUUGGAAACACGUACUCUGACCAAAGAACGUGACUAUUUGGUGUGCGUGAAAGUCAUAUUUUUAGAAUGUCAUGAAAAAUGGAGAAGUAUAUGAAAGGCAUUCUAGCUUUAGGAAAUAAUGCUAGUAGGGAUUUUAGAUUAAAGAGGUAAUAAGAUCUGCCUAGGCAGAGUGAAGAGAGACAGUUUAGUAGUGAAAAAUAAGGUUAUCAGACAAGUAAAUGGCAGGCUGGAAAAUAAAAAUGUAUCAUUUGAAUGGCAGGGAGCCAUUGCCUGUUUUUCAAAAAGCAAGAUACUGAAGUUAUCAUACCCUCCGCAUCAUUUAACUUGGACGUUAAAGGAGUGAUCCUGGAGUUGGAGUGACAAUGGGAGGGAAAAAUUGUAGUAGUCCCACUCAAAGAUUAGGGUCCAAUUUAUGAAUUUAUCUCUGUGGUUGAGGUUCAACUGUAGAUUAAAUAUAAAAUAAAGAACCAGACAGCUCUGCUACAAAAUUGGAUGUAAGUAACAAAGGACAGUGAAUAGUUGCAGACUAGUUUCUGUUCUGUGAAAGGCAGACAUAAUGUUCUAUGACUGAGAAUUUGGAAUUUGGGACAGUUGUGGAGGUGGAGUGGAAAUAAGCCCUGUUGUUACCAUGUUAAGUAUGAGAUGGUGAUGAAGUAUCUAGAUUGCAUAAUUAAAGUAAAAUCAAUCAGAUUUAGAAAAGUGCCAUCCUCAACAGAUGAAAACCUGAAGCCACAGGAAGAAAUUCAUGGUCGAGUCCUGCAAGAGGCCUUCUGCCCAGGGCCAGACAGCAAGCAGCACCCCUCCUGAGCCUAAGCCUGAGUCCAGCUACAGAGAAGGACCAAAUCCAGAUGCUGAGGAAAAGGAAAUGGUUCUUACCCAAGAUUUCAAUCUCAAAAAUCAACAGAGAUGCCCAUUGAAAUAAAGAAACAUUGUGGGGUUUGGGGGAGGAGAGGUGAGAGAGAUUGGUCAUCUCACCAUAGCCGCCUGAGCCGGGACCCGGAGGUGGGAGAAAGCUCCCAAUUCAAACAUAAGUAAGUGGCAGAGAGACUCUGCGUAAAGUGCCAUGACUUCUUUCUUAGCAGAAUUCCAGAGGUCUGAGUGAUGGAGGGACACAGUGGCUCUUUCCUGCAACUCCUGGGUUUUGCUUGUUUCCCCUUGGCUGGGUAGGGUUGGAGCUGAUGGCUGAGCCGGAGAAGGCAGGAAAGACAUUCCCUAGGCAUAGUCAAUGCUGUGCUACUUAAACUACUUGCCUGGAGCCCGAGAGGCCACAGCAAAGUCUCCUUUCAUCUCACCUCUUUCCCUGCACUGCAGUGGUGCUUCUCACCUUCUGCUUUAGGAAGUGCUUGGCCAAGACUCCCUAGAACUGCAGGAAUAAUAGGCAGCUAAGUAGCUUGUGUAUAACAUGAUAAAUGUUUUGUUAGAGUUCUAGGAUAGCAAGGAGGAAGAAGAUGAAGAAGAUAUCCCUAUCACAAAGAAAGAGGUCCCUCUUGAGGGACCCUCAAUGAGAGGACCCUCAAUGAGAGGUCCCUCUUGAGGGUAGGGCAUGGUCCCUACCCUCAUGGAGCUUAUAGUUCUCAUGGGUGAAUUAGACAUUGAACAGGGGAAUUUAAAAUAAAUUUAAAAAAAAAACAUAAAUAGCUAAUCAGACAUUGUGGUAGGUGCUUUGAUGUGUUAGGAAACAGAGUUGGACAGGAGAUUGCCUCAUUUGGGUGGAUGGCACAGACAUCUAGGAUCAUUGACACUUGAGCUGAGACCUGAUGGAUAAGAAGCAUCUGGCUGGGGGAGAGCCAGUGGGAAAGCUUUGAAGGAAAAGGAGUGGUCAGUGGGAAGGUAGACACAGGGACACUUUGAAGGAUUUGAGCCUGGGAGAAGACCAACUUAAUGACAGCAGUGGCCCAUGCAGGAUGUGCUGGGGUCAUGAACCUGGGCAGCAGUGAUGCAUGAGCCAAAGAAGAUACAUCUCUGACUUAGCCAAAGUCAAAAAAGUAGAAAUAACAGCUAGUAUGAACAGAAAUUUGUCUGCUUUCAAGCUGGGAGUAUUGACUGGGGAGCUUAUUGGGAGUCUUAGGGCUUAUAACCUGUGCUUUCUCUUAGAAGGCUGAAACAAGCUGUGGUCCUGAAGAAGAGGGUAGCAGGAAGUGGUAGAGAGCUGGAAAGGAGGCAUGAAAAUGAGGCCUAAUUGCUGUGUGGGAUGGGAGAAGGCCCAAGAGGCAGGCUCAACUGACAUAGGAUAGAAUCUCCAUGGUAGUCCACAUGACUAUGUGGCUUUCCCCCAGCAAGGCCACUGCCCUACCAUUGGGUGGAGGAAGCAGGUAUAGAGGCUGUUGGGGCUUGUCUGGGUGGUUGAGAGAAGACAAGUAAGAUGCUAAAAGAAUCGACAUGGUCGACAGUGAUGCUGGUGAUAAAAGGACAAGAGGCCAACAGACAUGGACAUAGACCCAAGAAGACCUCAUGGUAGAAAGGAAGGGAGGCAUGGUGAGAGUGACUAUGAGAGAGAGCUGGAAGGGUGGUCCAGGGCCAGAGAUAGGGAGUCAGGUUUAGUCUUUUAAGUCACUUUCAUUACAUCACAGUUGCCAGUUGUCUUUCUCCUGACUCAGUAAUAAGUAAUGUUUUCAUUAAAGAGAAAUGGUUGGCAGGUAGGUUGAACUUUAGUGAAUUCUGAUCCUAUAAUGAAACAUUUCCUUUUAAUUAUUGCAUAUACCUUUCUCAGCUUUUUGUCUACUUGAAGCAUAUUUCUUCUCUUGUCCUUUGAGCAGCCAAAAUGGAUGUGUUGGAUGUGUUGGCUCUGUUAAUAGGCUUCUGUUGGAUGCCUGUUGUCACUCUUAAAUGUAGCACCACAGCAUAAUUGAUGGAAUGUUGAGUUGCAAGCUUUUAGGACUAAUUGCAAACUCUAAACUAAAACAUUUCCUGGAGCUGCCUUUAAAUAAUAAUAAUAAUAAUACCUUGUAUAGAUAUAGUGCUUUACAAUUUACAAAGCACUUUCACAUACAUCAUCUCAUUUAAUCUUUACAAUAAACAAUGCUUUUUGAAUGCUUAGAUCUUUCCUAAGUGAGAAAUCAUGUUGCACAUCCUGAUUUAAUCAUAGAGAGUCACCAAAAGUUCUUGAUACAAUAACCAUUUAUCGAGUACCUUCUAUCCACAAAGCACUUUACUAAGUAUACCAAGGGGUAAAUAUUCAGUAAAUAAAUAUCCAAUAAAUACGAUCCUGCCUCCUAAUUCACUUUUCCCUUCCUCAUUGCAGUCACUAUUUUGGAGGCUACUUGCUACGCCAUAAAUUUAUAUAAAUACUGCCAGGAAUUCAUUGUAUCAGAGAUGAAAUUUUUAAAACUAAGGAUUCUGAUAUUUGUCUGAGUUCAGUGAUUUGUCAAAAAGUCAUUGUAUUUUAACUUGUACUUUCUUAGAGAUUAUCUGUUACUUGAAUCUCAAGAAAAAUAUUUUGAGCUCUCAGCAUAUAUGAAAAUACCACCCAUUGAGUUCAUUAUGCUGAGUGGAGUGAUUGGGGUACAACUUGGCCCUUGGCCCCAGAAGACUUAUCCAGUAGAAAAGAAGACAUGGUCAUCUUCUGGGUUCUGCAAGCCAGACUGGGAUGCACUGAGGAGACUGGGAGACUAAAGACUUCCUGGGAGGCUGCCCUCUAGGGCAUCUUUUAUGACCAAGACUGUCCAAUACCAAAAUGAGCUACAUAAAUUCCUAAUCUGGGAUACAGCUGGACAAGAACGAAACUUGAAAACAGAAUCACCCAAGAGAGUAUGCCUCUCCCUUUCUGUUGGCAAGAUGUUUCGUGCCUUAGCACCAAUGUACUAUCGAGGGUCGGCUGCAGCUAUAAUCGUUUAUGAUAUCACAAAAGAAGAGACAUUUUCAACAUUAAAGAAUUGGGUAAAAGAACUUCGACAGCAUGGCCCACCUAAUAUUGUAGUUGCUAUUGCUGGAAAUAAGUGCGACCUUAUCGACGUAAGAGAAGUCAUGGAGAGAGAUGCUAAGGACUACGCCGACUCCAUUCAUGCAAUUUUUGUAGAGACCAGCGCAAAAAACGCGAUAAACAUAAAUGAACUCUUUAUAGAAAUUAGUCGAAGAAUUCCAUCCACAGACGCCAACCCGCCAUCUGGCGGUAAGGGCUUCAAACUCCGAAGACAGCCUUCAGAGCCAAAGCGAAGCUGCUGUUGACUGAGCUCCCAGACAGUGGAUGAAGUAGGUGGUCCUGAAAGUUAACAGGAGGGCUGGGGUCCCUGCCACCAGUUUUCAUAUAGCUGGUCUUGAGUCUUCUUCAUGCAAAAAGGAUUCACAGAAAUUGACCGGUUCUGUUCUCUCUUUGAAGACUGCAGCAGUAUUUCAGUCUGCGGACUUCUGUUGUGUAAAGAAUUUCUGGUGUACAAAGGGACUACAUCAUUGGCUUUUGACCUUGCCAAAAAGGAACAUAUAAUUGUAUGGAUGGUAGGAUUAAGUUGUUGAGUAGUUUUGUAAUCAAGAUUUUAUGUAACAUUUGUAAAGGGAAGAUUAGCACUUUCGUGGUCAUCGGGGGAAAAAAAAGACCUUGUGGAGAUUGUAAUUUCCUUGGUUUCUGUUACCACUGUUAGAGGGGGGUUGUAUCGUUUAAAAUGUGAUAGGAUAUCAUAAGUGAAGAGAUGGCAAUUAUUUGAGGCUAAAAUGGGUUAUUUAUAGGACUGGUGGAAACAAUUUCAUCUCUGCCAUCUCUAAAGCACUUUUCAUUGAAUUAUAUUAGCCUAGGAUGCAUACAGUAAAUUAACAAUGAUAACAGUAGGUGCCUACCUCGCUCUGGGUUUGCUUCUGACCCUGUCGUGUAUGUGUCACCAGACACAUUAUUGGCACCUUUUUAAAUAAGCUCUUGUGAUCGGGAUGGUGAUGGUAGAGAAGCUGCCUGGAAUAAACUGAAUUGCAUAUGUUCCAAACUGACUAGUGGGAGUUUAAAAAAGAGAAGAAGAGAAAAAGUAAAGAAAGUAUGUAAAUGCUGUCAAUUAUUUAACCCAAGUAUUUUAGUGGGGAAAAACAAGUAUCUGUUGCUUAGCAUAUGUAAAGUUGUAGUCUGUAUUUAUGAGACCAUUGCUUAAAGAUUAUAAAUUAUGUAAAUACAUUAAUAAAUUUUAAAGUUUCAUUCAACAUUCCAUUUAAUCUUGCACCCAGUCUUGCAUAUGCCUACCCAUUUUUCAGCUUAUCCACGGGAGAUUCAGAAACACAUUUGUGUUGUGCGCAGGCAUAGAGCUCUUAGCUUACAGUCUUUAAAGAUUUCUCUGACCUCCCUUCCACCCACCCCUCUUCCCUCCACAUCCCAUCUGGAAAUCAUAAUAAAGACAUAUGCCAUUUUGACAAGCCUGACUAGUCCUUACUAGCCUGGGGGUAAAAGAUUAAGCUCCAGCUCAAGUCAUUUACCUGGUCCUGGUAAUAAGUUUAUUUUAGCUGUUACAGCGACCUCAGACCAACUGUCUUAAGAGAGCUUUCCUUGUUAACAAUUUAGCUUAUCUGCCCGUUUCCUUUAUUUUCCCCUGCCUCUGUUAGUGGUUAACACUCUUUUCCCUCAGGGAGCCUAAUGAGGUUUUUAAUAUAAUCUAAAAAUAAAGCACUGAAGUGAAGUUGGUGAAAA